AACUGAAGAACGGACGGACGUUACGAAUUAAGGAAUUCAUUGUUUCUCAAAUUUAAUAAUACUUUUUGUUGCUAUUUAGAUAUUAUUAGUGUUUAAAAUGUAUAGUUUAUAUUAUAGCAUUGAAAUAUAAGUUAUUAGAUUAAGCCUUCGUUGACAACAUGUAUUUUGAAAUCGAUAACACGCCAGAACAUAUUAGGAGGUCGCGUCGUACCGAACAUAUUCGGAAGGAAACUCCUGAAGAGGAAUGCCCAAGAUUGAUUUUGGCUCCGUUUUUUAGGCCCCCACAAGUGGUGUUUGAUAAUGUUCUCAUUGGGACAUCAUGUGAGCGGAAUUUGGAAGUGUUAAACCCCAUGAAACAUGCCCAACAGGUAACCCUCGCUCGCAGCCUGCCGCAAGGGCUGCAGAUCCACCUGCCCGGAGACUGGCUGGAACUGGAGCCAGAGACAUGCUAUUGCCUGACCAUGUCGUGGAGUCCUACGCAGCCCACGGCGCUGCGGGAGACCAUCCACUUCACCAACGAGAAGAGGGGCCGAUAUGAAGUCAUUGUGGUCUUGAAGUCUGCUACGAUUAUCAAAGGCAAAAACAAGCCAAGGAGUUUCAGAGUAUCUCCUGGGAAAAAGGAGAAAAAGCCAUUAAAGAGAUCCCCAGUAGCUAUCCAGAAAAGGAAAGCUGAGGCCAUAACCCACGCCGUGAAAAGGGCCGCCCAAGUGGUCCAGCCAAGUCAAUACAAAAAACUUAAAACAUACAAUAAAGAAAACAUAUCAGGAAUUCAUGAGUACACUGCGGACUCGCAACUCGGGCGAUGCCCAUUUGAUUCUUUCAACAAUAUUGAUAUUCAUUUCAAUACGUCGGAAAUAUUUUCAAGCAUGAAAAAGGAAAUGAUGCAGCAAACCUAUAACGCGUCCGGCUACAUGAACGUUACGAAAGAAGUGCCAGUGCCGAGCAAUGUACUGAAACCCGUUAACAGACAGUUGAGCCCCGGCGGCGAUAUUUUCGACAAACUUUCUUUCACACCACUAAAAACACUCGUAAAGAAUGAAAGAUUGGAGCAAGGGCCUAAAAUUGUAAUCAGCAUGAACUCUGAUUGCGAGGAAGACAGCUUAGACAAUAAAGAGAAUGAUGGAAACGCAGGACCUCAUUCUAUAAUGUUCGUAACGUCGUCUCAACCAGCCAAUAAAUGGUUGACUACAAACCAACAUCAGCGCCCGAACCAUUAUUUGGAAACCGCUACUGCCAUAGAUAAAAAAAUCCCGAACACUUCAUCACCUAAAGAACUGCACAGCCCAAACUUUUCUAUCAACACAGAGUUUUCUAGAAUCAGCGAUCUCUCGUUCUGCCCUCAAAGAUUUUCCACUGAGAGGAAGUUUGUCCCUAAAACAAACAAUGAUACCCACGACAUAAUAGACUUUGAUAAACUGAGCUCCGACACGUACACUAAAGAAUCUCCCAACGCGGCGCUAGAUUAUCCUCUGUUCUAUAUGAAGGACCAAAACCCGACUAAAUGUAGACAGUCACUCUUUCGAGAGUAUAACCAACGAAAAGAAUGGGAUAAAAACCCGAGUUACCCACAAAAGUUCGAAAAUAACGUAUGGAGAAAUGAGCCUAGAAAGUUCGAAACUAAUAUGUGGAGAAGUGAACCUAGAGCUUAUACCAAACCGCAAUCGCCGCCUCGCUCGAUCACUCCUCCUCUUCAAUCAAUUCCUGAAGAGAGUCAAAAUCAUAACUCUGACACCCUAAUUCUUGAUAAAACCGAUAAACAAAUGACCACAUUUACAGUGAAUAGAACAUUCAAUGCCACACGCGAUAGAAACUCGGUAUCCUCAGCCAGACAAAGUUGUUGGUCCAAGAAAGACGUGAGAGCUGACCCGACACUUUGGAAAAUGCCAGUUUCGCAACCAGAGAGACGAACUAAAACCGGUCGGCCGUCGGUCUCUCGCCCUGCUUUAAGCAAACCCGCGAACACAACCUUUGACAAAAGUAUUAAUCAAAAUAUAUCACUGAAUCUCGUCGGGAAUGUAUAUUCCCAAUCUCUUACAGUGGACCCCUUCUUAUCGACAACUUAUUUCUACGACGAGGAAGCAGUGUCCAAGUUCGAGGCAGAGUUCAAACGGUGGCUGAACUACAUCUUAACUCCUCCCGCGGAUCUCGACUGCAACGUGGAGCAGAAAAUCGAUGUAGGCAAAGCGUGGAUCGAGAAUAGGAACAAGGAAGUGCCGCUCGCACCAACAAAAGAACAAGUCUCGAGCGCUUACCACAAUAGCCACAGAUUGGAUAGUCUUAGAAGAGCUGCAAAAGCUUUACUAUUGAGCCCUGAAAUAUGUCAAGUCUUCCAGAAACUAACCGCGCAAAUCGAGAAAAAGCUUAUAGUGAUCAGGACUGACCGCAAUCUUCAUCUAGAUGUGGGCUUACAGAAAGCUAUAAUGGAGCUUCUACUGUGCUACAAUCCUCUGUGGCUUCGUAUUGGGCUCGAAGCUCUCUAUUGCCUGGUCUUGCCUCUGAAAUCCAACAGUGACAUUGAUGGUCUGACAACUUUCAUCAUUCAAAGGAUGUUCAAGAAUCCAUUCCUCAAAAAUAAGCAUUCAAAAGCCUCGGCGCCAAAUAAGCUGCUGCCAGCUUACAUGGAAGCCAUCAAGAAGUUCACUCUAAAGAAGUUCUUCAUGUUGGUUUAUUUCUUGGACCAAGCCAAGCAGAGAAAGCUGAUUUCUCACGACCCUUGCCUGUUCCGCCGCAACGCUAUUUGCAAAGAGAGCAGAGAGAUCGUAAUAAGAUUAACGCGCGAAUUGAUCGCCGGCAUCGGCGACAUAACGAAGCACCUUCGACCGCUCGGCUACGUGGUGUCCCACAAGCAAACGUAUCUGGACGAAUACUUAUACGCCGUCCACAACAUAGCGGUCGACAUCAGAGACGGCGUGCGCUUGACCAAGGUCAUGGAAAUAAUCCUGAUGAAGAAUGGCCUGUUGAACCAACUGAGGACGCCCGCAAUUUCCAGACUGCAGAAAAUACACAACGUCCAAGUGGCAUUAAACGCACUCAAAGACGCGAAUUUCGUGAUCGUCGGUGAGAUCACCGCAACUGACAUCGCCGAUGGGCACAGGGAGAAAACAAUGUCGCUCCUCUGGCAGCUGAUACACGUGUUCCGAGCCCCGCUGUUCGAGUCCGCCGCAAACGUGAUCCAAACCUGGUGGAAGAAGAAGUACAAGGUUAUCGUGGAGAAGAGGAUGGCGGAGGAACGCGAGCGGCAGAAGAUGGACAACGCGGCGCGCACCAUCCAGUGCUGGUGGCAACGGAUCCAGUACAACCGUCUGGUCGAAAAGCAAAUGCAUCUAUACACGACUUCCACAGUCAUUAUCCAGAAAUACUGCCGGCGCUGGCUGUGCCGCACUCGCCUGCUUAAACUCAAGGCUAGCGUGUUGAGGAUCGAAGAGUGGUACAGAGGCAUCGAAAUGAUGAAUGAAGCUAAAGAGAUCUUUCAAAAAUUAAGAUCGGAAAGGGAGGAGUUGAGAACGAAAUCUGCCAUUGAAAUCCAACGCAACUUUAAACGCUGGUUAUGCGUCACUAAGUAUCAGAAGACUUUAAAGAACUUAAUCCUCAUACAGAGCUUGGUGCGUCGCUAUCUUGCCCGAAAACAAUACUUGCAAACGAGAAAAGCACUUAUACUCAUCCAACAGAGAUAUAGAAGUAAAUUACUGAUGGAAGAGGAGAUGAAGAAACUGGCCGUGCAAAAGCACUGUGCUAUAGUUAUACAAAAACAGUAUAGGAUGAUAAGACAACAUAGGAUUUAUCAGAAGCUGAAGUCCGCUGUUCAAACUAUCGAGGGAUACUAUAAAGCGAUAAUACAAAUGAGGCAAGUGCGUGACCAAUAUUUACAACUGAAGAAUGCUGCAAUAAAAGCACAAGCUAUGUACAGAGGCCGAUUAGUUCGCCGAGAGUUUAAAAGGCAGAUGUCUUUAUUAGUAACUCUACAAAGAAGAAUCAGAGCACACCAGCUAAUGAAAAAAGAAAAAUCACAAUUUGCUAUUAUCAAAAAGGCUGCAUGUAUUUUACAGCAACGCUUCAGGUCGCAUCUAAUUAUGAAGGAAACAAGACAGGUUUACAUAACUCAGCGUCAGUCAGCAAUUACAAUACAGGCGCAUUUCCGAGCGUAUGUACUGGGAAAAGCCAAAAGAAAUGCUUAUUUGAAGACGAGGUCUGCCGCUAUAGUAUUACAAAGACAUUAUAGGAGUCUUCUUUUGAUGAGAGAGGAGAAGACUGCCUACAUGAAAUUAAAGACUUCUGCGAUAUGCAUACAGAGGCAUUACCGAGCCUUGCUGGAGAUGAGGAAAUGCAAAACAUGCUAUCAAAAGCUUCACGCGGCAACCAUUUUGACCCAGAGAAAAUACAGAGCAAGAUUGCAAAUGAAAAUAGAUAAAUCUGAAUUCUUAAAACUGAAAGCAGCCAGUAUAAUAAUCCAGGCUCGUUACAGAGCUCUAGUUGUUGGAAGGCAACAGAGGAACCAAUUCCAGAAAGAGAAGAUGGCGGCGAUUAAAUUGCAAAAUUGGUUUAGAAAUUGCAGAAAGAGCAAAGAAAUACAACAGCAGUAUCGGCAGUCGAAACAGGCUUGCGUAACUAUUCAGAGAAUUUACCGAGCUUAUGUUUUGAGCAAAAAGCAGAGAAUAGAAUAUCUUAGAAUAAAGACUGCAACUAUUCGCAUUCAGAACUAUUAUAGAUCUUACUUAGAAAUGAAAACUGUAAGGGAACAAUUCACAAAGCUUAAGGCUUCAACUGUAACCAUUCAAAGAUUUUACAGAGGCCACUUAGAAACUAAAAAACAAAGAGAAGACUAUCUUUGUAGAAGAGAAGCCGCUAUUGUGAUUCAAGAUUUCUACAGAAGAUACAAACUGACUGUUACAACACAACAACAGUACUGUGCCUUGAGAAAGAAUGCAAUCUGUGUACAGAGACGGUACAGAAGCCUUUUGACUAUGAGAAAGGUACAAAGUGAUUAUGAAAAUCUUAGAAAAUCAGUAAUUGUUGUACAACAGAAGUAUAGAGCUCUAAUUGCCAUGAGGAAAGAGCGCACAGCAUAUUUGAAAUUAAAAUCCGCUGCACUAGUUUUACAAACAAGGUAUAGAGCACAAGUAGCAAUGAAGUCAGAGCAACAUAGGUAUGCUUCAAUGAUGAAAGCUACCAUUUGUAUUCAGAGGUGCUAUAAGGCUCGUUUGGAGGGAAGAGGUCAAAGAAAUCAAUAUUUACGAUUAAGACAAGCAGUUAUUUUAAUUCAACAAAAAUACAAGGCACUGCUUGCCAUGAGGAAUUGCAGGGCCUGCUAUUUACAGACAAAAUCUGCUGCUGUAUAUAUACAGAGGAGAUAUAGAUCACGUUACCUGAUGUUGCAAGUUAAAGCCACAUUUAGAAGGACUUUGUCCGCCUGUGUAACCAUUCAAAGACACUUCAAAGCUUAUAUUGCGGGCAAAAAACAAAGGUUGACAUACGAAACACAAAAAGCGGCAGCUAUUCUUUUACAAAGACGUUACAGGAGCAUUAAAGAAACUAGGGAAGUCCGAACUCAGUAUUUGCGUUUGAAACAAGUUGUAAUCACAGUCCAAAGGAGAUUCAGAGCCAAUUUAGCUGCCCGAGGUGUUAGGCAAGAAUUUUUAAGACUUAGGCAGAGUGCCACCAAAAUUCAAUCAACAUUCCGAAUGCAUUCUGCUCGCAAGAAAUGGUUGGUAUUAAAGAACGCCGCUGUGUCAAUUCAAAGGUUUUACAAGUCUUAUAGACAUGCGAGAAACACAAGAGAACAAUAUCUUCGCAUCAGAUCGAUUAUUAUAAAGUUACAGGCUCUCGCUAAACGCGUUAUUGUAAGAAAGCGUUAUUUAGACCACUUACAACGCAUACUCAAUCAACGUAGGGAAGCGGCGGCCAUAUGCAUACAAAGCAAUUUUAGACGAUAUUUGGUACAAUCACGUUAUCUAAACUAUAGAAAACAUGUAACGUACAUUCAAAGGCUAUGGCGAGGAAAGCUUCUGACAAGACAGAUGCAUUCUGAAUUUAUCCAGAAGAAGAUCUUUAUCACCAAGCUGCAAGCAGUAAUCAGGGGAUACUUGGUUAGGAAACAAGUAUCCUUAAUGAAGGAAAACUUGCUCAGGAUUCGAGAGGAACGGAGGCAGCACUGGGCGGCAUGUAAAAUCCAGGCUGUAUUCCGCGGCCACAGGGUGCGCAACCGCUCGGCGCUGCACGAGCCGCGCGUGGCGGCGCUGCGCCGGCGCUGGCGCGAGGGCGCGCUGCGCUCCACGCAGGACACGCUGGAGGAGCGCUACGACCAGGCCAUGGAGGUGCUCAACAACUUCGCCGACAUGGAGGCCGUCAUCAUUGCCUUCCGGUCUCUCGAACUCUUAACUGAAGUGUUCCCGAUGAUGUACAACGAGACCGCCCCGAAGGUGGUACGCAGCGUGUACAACUACAUGGCCGUCAUGAACCGCUCCAUCUCCAGCGUGGAGGUGCUCAAGUCGGCCGCGUCCGUGCUCGCCAACCUCACGCGAUAUCGCGUCACGGGGCCCAAGAUCUACGCGCGUGAACACAUACCUCCUCUCCUGAAGUACAUGUGGCGCUUCAGCACCAGCGAGGUUCAGUUGUUCCUCACCCUGUCGACUUACCUGUGGCUGUUCUCCAAAUACGAUGGCGUAAGAGAGGACCUCACAGAGUACCUGCACACACCAGAGAACCACAAAAUGAUGGAGUCCAUCAAGCGCAACGUGGACCGUGUCAAGCGAAUGGCGAGCAAUGCCAUCAAGCACAAGCCAAUCACGCCCGCGAAGUUCAACCCCUCCGCGAGUUUCUCCCACAACCCCAUCCUCCUGCCGCCGGCUCUCGAGCCCGACUACGGCAUCGCCAGGGUUGACCAUCAUCGGUACUUUGUUGACACUCGACAGGCCAUACAUUGCCUCUUCCGUACAUAUAAGCUUUAAUUUGUAUUAUUUAGAAAUAAUGAUGACUGUUAUUUUUAAUUAUGUUUAAUGCAUGAUGUUUUUGUGCUUGGGUUUAUUGCUUUAAUAAUGAUUUGUGUUAAUGUUUAGCUAUUAAUAUAUUAUUAUAACAUUAAUUUUGUAAUAAAUUGUG